AUGGAAGCAUAUCUAGAUGCUAACGAUGUGUGGGAAGCGGUAGAAGAGAACUACGGAGUGUCUCCCUUGCCAAAUAAUCCUACGGAAGAAUAUGAAGGCAAUGAGAGAAUCAAAAGAAUGCAAGCUUUGAAUCUGGUUCGAGAACUUGAGAUGCAGAAGAUGAAAGAUUCAGAGACUAUUAAAAAUUAUGCGGACAAGCUUCUCGGCAUUGCAAACAAAAUACGUCUUCUUGGUACUGAGAUUUCUAAUUCUCGAAUUGUUCAAAAAAUACUUGUAACAAUUCUAGAAAGAUAUGAAGCCACAUUGACAUCCUUGAAGAACUCAAAAGAUCUUUCUAUUAUUACCUUGACAAAACUUUUGACUGCACUUCAGGCUCCAGAACAAAGAAGACUCAUGAGAGAAAAAGGUCAUAUUGAAGGGGCCAGCUAA